UAGAGAACCAUAAUUGAUACUUAGAAAAGUAGAAAAUACAAGAGGUGCGUCAAAAAAAAAGUUCAGAAUUGUUGAUGAUUGAUAUUAAGUAGUUGUUGAAUUGUUGAGGGGAAGGGAUUAUGAAAUCUCAUUUCCAGUGUCAGCCGUAGCAGGCAGCUCUACUCGCUGAGUCGCGUGAGUGAGUUACGAACGGAGGGUGGCAACAAGAAGAUGAUGAAGCUGCGAAUGGGAACGGGUGUCAUCGUCAUUUCCACAGCGUUGUUAUUUUUAUGCCUCCCAUUUUGUUCGUCUUCAGUUCCCAAUGACCCCUUCUUCGGAAUCGCUCCCCAAGAUGAGAAAUAUUACAAGUCUUCGGAUGUAAUAAGAUGCAAAGAUGGAUCGGGAAAAUUCACCAGAGCACAGCUCAAUGACGAUUUCUGCGACUGCCCCGAUGGCACCGAUGAGCCUGGUACAUCAGCAUGUCCCGGUGGAAAAUUUUACUGUCAUAAUGCAGGGCAUGUCCCUAAUUCCCUGUUUUCGUCUAGGGUGAACGAUGGAAUUUGCGAUUGCUGUGAUGGAACUGAUGAAUAUGAUGGCAAAGUAACAUGCUCAAAUACCUGCUGGGAAGCUGGGAAAGUUGCUCGCGAUAAGCUGAAAAAGAAGAUUGCCACAUAUCAAGAUGGUGUCAAGCUCCGGAAGGAUGAAAUUGAAAAAGCAAAAUCAGCUCUAGAUAAGGACAAGGCUGAACUUUUAAAACUGAAAAAAGAAGAAAGCACACUUAAAGAGAUUGUGCAACAGCUAAAAGAGCAUAAAGAAGAAAUAGAGAAGGAAGAAGAGAAGGAGCGCUUACGGAAGGAAAAAGAAGAGAAAGAGAAAAAGGAGGCUGAGGAGAAGGCUAAUGAAGAAAAAUCUGCAGCUACUGGAGAAGAAGCACGGCAUACAAAUGAAGCAGGAAAGCAUUCAGAUGCCAAAGACUAUGCUGCGGAUGAAACGAAGUAUGAGCAAUCAGAUGUAGGUGAUAGUUAUGAUGGAGCCACAGAUAGUCCUAGUAGUGAAGGAUCUCUGCUUAAUGAAGUGGAGGAGAGUGUAAAGGGUGCUGAGGGAGAACAUGCUGCUAAAUCAGAAACUGAUUUGAGGGUUGAAGAGAAAAAGUCUUCUGAGGAAAUAAUCAAUACGGGAAAUGAUGCAUCUGAAAAUACUGAGGGAUUAUCAAAGGAAGAAUUGGGACAGCUUGUUGCUUCUCGUUGGACAGGACAAAAGGGGGGUAAGCAAAGUGGUGAAGCUGAAGAUGCAAAGAAAACUGAAGAACAGGAAGAUCUCACAAGUGAGUCCAAUAACGGGGAGUAUGAAGGCUAUGCUUCUGAAACUGACGAUGACAGCAACAGAUAUGAUGGAGAAGAUGAAACCGAAGACGAUUUUAGAGAGGAUGAGCGUGAUGAUGUCAGUUCCUCUUACAAACCUGACACAGAUUUUGAAGGUGAACCAGACUUGUCAGAUGUGGUGACAACAGAUAGUCCUUCUUGGUUAACAAAAAUACAGAGAACUGUGCGGAAACUUUUUAAGGCUGUUAAUUUCUUCGAGACUCCAUUGAACCAGACAGAUGCUGCUCGUGUACGAAAAGAAUACGAUGAGUUGAGUUCCAAGUUGUCAAAAUUACAGUCAAGAGUAUCAAGUCUGACACAAAAGUUAAAACAUGAUUUUGGUCCAGAGAGCGAGUUCUAUUCAUUCUAUGACCGAUGCUUUGAGAGUAAACAGAACAAGUACACUUACAAAGUCUGCCCUUAUGAUCAGGCAUCUCAGGAGGAGGGCUAUUCAACUACCCGUUUGGGCCGCUGGGACAAAUUUGAGGACUCCUAUAAAGUAAUGGCAUUUUCCAAUGGUGAUAGAUGCUGGAAUGGUCCUGAUAGAAGCAUGAAGGUUAGGAUGAGAUGCGGGCUGAAAAAUGAGAUUACAGAUGUGGAUGAACCAAGCCGAUGCGAAUAUGUAGCUUUGUUAUCUACCCCAGCUCUUUGUAAAGAGGAAAAGUUGAAGGAAUUACAACACAAGUUAGACUCCCUGAAUUCGCAACAACCCGAAAAACACGACGAAUUAUGAAACAUCAGCAUGGAUUUAACCAGGUAGUAGAAAGAUCUUGAAGCAACUGAACGAAGUGCUGGUGCCCUUAAGUUUUGUAUCCUAUAGCUUAAACCCAAAUUUGAUAUUGGUUUUGGGGAUUAGGAAGGGAAUAGGGAAUGAAUUUAACUUGGGUUUGGCAACCCUUGUGGCAGGUCAGGGUUGACAACAUUUUAAUGUGACUAAUCUCAUGGCACUCUUUUCUUUGUUGAACUCAGAUUUUUCUACCUGGGUUCUAUGGCCCUUCUUGAAAUUGUCUAUUCAAUUUCGCAAAGGACAGGUUUCUAUAUAUUGUGCCAAAAAUCUAGAGAGAGAGUAAUUCUCAGCUUGAAUUUUUGUCACCAUGAGUGGACAUUGUUAUUGAAUCUCAUAGAUGAGUUAUCUUUAUAACUAUUGACUCAUCGAUCAUCUAUCCUCUUAUAUACUACGACCUUUUACGAAAUUAUGUCUCAAAAGCUUA